AUGUCGUUUUGGGACAACAACAAGGACUCCAUUAAAGCUGGCAGUCUGGCCGCUCUUAAAGGAGCAGGCCGUGCAACGGUAACAGUGUCGAAGUAUGGCUAUCAUGCUGGCAAAACGGCCUACAAAAACAACAAAAGCAAGACUUCUGGACAACCCGGAAAAGAAGAGGAAGAAGGCCCCCAAAGUCCUCCUCCUAUCCCACAGGUCAGAGACCCGCAUUCUUUUGCGCCGCCACCAAAACACGUUGCCGUUGCUGGCCAGCCACAGCCCAACCAUCCGCAGCAGUAUGUCCAGGUGCCCGCCCAGGCCGUGAACUACCAACAAGCGCAGGUGGCCCAGUAUCCUGCUCAAUUCCAGCAGGCGCCCCAACAACAGCAGACUGUCUAUGUUCCUGUUACUCAGCCUGUCCAGCCUGUCCAGCAGUAUGUCCCUCAGCAGUACGCCCCUCAGCAGCAGUAUCAACCAACGGUGCAAUACCAGCCAACGGUGCAAUACCAACCACAAAUGCAGAGCUGGCCUAGCCAGCAACAACCUUUUGUCCAGCCAAUCCAGCCGACGGCGAUCCAGCAACCAACACCGCCAGCAUCGGCACAAGAGUCUGUGCAGGCUCUUUCUCAGCAGCCGACCCAAUACGGCUCGCCGCAGCCAAUUGCUCAGCCGACUCCUCUGACGCAGCGUCCUGUUCCCCAGCCCGCUCCCCAACCCGAGCCGGCGAUCUCGCCGCUUCCAGCUCCAGUGCCCACAAGAGACUAUGCUAGACCGACCAUAAACUCUCCUCCUCCGAACCCUCCUCCAUACACUGCUACACCAACGGCCCCCACACCUGCUACCGCUUCCGAUGUGAGCCAGCCUUCUGUCGCGCCGGCAGCAACGCCGGCUCCAGCACAGGUGUAUCUUCCAGAGGCCCAGGAACCAGUGGCGCCGAAGAAAAAGAACGGCUUGCCGCCUGUCGAGGAGCCAAAGUUCAAGCAUUCGUUGAUGGAGUUCGACAUUUCCAAAUACGGUCCUCCUCCUCCCAAAGCACACAGGACCGAAGAUGAGCAGCGCAAGAUCGAAAAGGAGCGCGAACUGAAGGCCAGGCUGCAGAAGAUGAAGGAAGAGUCGCAGCAGCGAGCAAAGAUGAAUGCGUAUCAAAGUGCAUCGCGUGUUGCAUCACCAUCCUCCGCUUCGUCAACGGUGUCUCCCUCCAGCACAGGAACUAAGCCAAAUCUUCCUUCAAGAGCCAACUCGGAGACUACAGAACAACCCAAGAAAUUCGAGCUCCCUGACAUCUCGAAAAUACAGCCUCCACCUCCUGUUCCCAAAAAGGAGGACCAUGAUAAAACCGUCAAAUCUCCGCCACCCCCAUCCACACCGCGCCCAAAUCUGGCCUCAAGAACGGUUCCUACACCACCUGCGAGCCUUCCGCGUCCAGAAAGUGGCUCAUCGGCCCCGCCUCCGCCAUCCAAACCAACACAUCUAUCUGCAAAACCCAAGCCCCCAGUUCCUAAAAAGCUGUCGAACUCAGAGGUGGCUGAAGCAAUUGGCUCCAAACAGAAGCCACCCGUCCCUGCAAAGAGGCCUUCUGUGGGAUCUGUGUCUUCAUCUACCAGCCAUAUACAGGAGCUGCAGUCUAAGUUGGCUGGUAUGCAUUUCAAUAACUGA